UAUCACUAGUACUACUCUCCUGGCUGCUGCAAACGCAUUGUACCUGAGGGGCUGCUGCACUUACUUCAAGGGCGCAAAAGAAAAACUCCUAAACUUUCACAUAUAUUCCCUGGGAUCUGCUGCAUUGCUGAAGUAGCAGGGCCUGUUCUGUGAGGGUUAUUUAAUUUGGCGUAUGGUGUUGGGAUCUCAGAACCUUAUCCAGGAAUGGUGGAUCAUUUGGUUCUAACAGAUGAAUGCUUCUCAAACACUGACUCAAGCCUUCGGUACACAAUGGAGAUGCUGAUGGGAGGAAGGAGCUAUCAGAUGCUGCCUUCUCCCACUUCAGAGGAUGACAGUGACUCUUCUAGUUUCCGGUCCUGUUCCAGUCCUGAUUCCCAGGUGCUAAGCUCCAGCUAUGGUAGUACAUGUAGUGCAGAGAGUCAGGACAGUAUUCUAGACUAUCUUUUGUCCCAGACGUCAUUGGGUAAUGCCUCUUUAUCUUGGUGGGACAAAAGAAAACAUCCUACAAUGGUCAAAGAGGAGUUCUUCAAAGUUCCUGAUUUUGGGGUGGACAUGGAGGAGGCAUCGCUGUUUCAUCCCACCUUGGAUGAAAUUGAGGAGUUUCUUGAGGAAAACAUGAAAAGCGACUUAAAAGUUGAAAACCAACAGGAACUGAGGAACUGUGGUCAUUUGGUUUCUGAACAACUGAAGCAGACCCCUAUGGGGAACAACAACACAAAGGAGGGUACAAAAGAUCAGUCAAAUAGCACAUUAGAAGAGGACCUUGGUAGCAAAAGUCCAAGUGCCCUUGCCGUUGAAGGUGGAAUUCCUGUUAUACUGCAGAUCCAACCCUUAGAGAUCAAACAAGAGUCUAACUCAAACCAAGCCUCGCAGUCACAGUUUCCAGAUAACAUUAAAGUUGCUCAACUUCUAGUUAAUAUUCAAGGUCAGACCUUUGCUCUGGUCCCACAACUAGUCCAGUCAUCAAACAUGUCCUCCAAAUUUGUCCGCAUCGCUCCAGUGCCCAUUGCUGCUAAACCUGUGGGUCCAUGUGGUGGAGUUCAGGGACAAUCGGGUAUUAUGGUUGGCCAGAAGUACCCCAAAAAUCCAGCUACAGAACUCAUAAAAAUGCACAAAUGUUCUUUUCCUGGAUGUACCAAAAUGUACACCAAGAGUAGCCAUCUUAAGGCUCACCUGCGUAGACACACGGGGGAAAAGCCAUUUGCUUGCACAUGGCCUGGAUGUGGAUGGAGGUUUUCCCGGUCUGAUGAAUUAUCCCGACACCGCCGCUCACAUUCUGGCGUGAAGCCGUACCAGUGCGCAGUCUGCGAAAAGAAAUUUGCUCGUAGUGAUCAUCUGUCUAAACACAUCAAGGUGCACAGAUUUCCCCGGAGCAGUCGUUCUACGCGCUUAUCAAACUGAUCCCCUCCCCCAACCUUUUGAAUUGAUAUAAAAUACCAAGCACUUUGUUCGUCUUCCUGUCAUAACUUAUUGGUGCGGAAAACAUCCUUGGUUGGCUGGACAUUUGUUCUCUGCUCUUAUUUAAUAUGGGUGUGAAUGAAGCAUCUGAGGAACUUGGUGCUCGGCCCGGCUGGCAGUGAAGGGUUAAAGGGGGCACUUUAUGUACUAAUCCACUCGAUUCCAUUAUCAUCUGUUGUAUCUCAAUUUAAACAGGUCACUUAAAAUUCCAAAUAAUAUGUUAUCACAGUAACUGUACCAUAUGAUAGGGCAUUGGUAGCCUGUAAGAUCAUGCUGAACACUGCCAUGGAAAGGACUCACUGCUUGUGUCAUUUCAUUUGCCACUGUGUUACUCAGGAACAUUCUGUAGUGUCGUGUAUAACUUAGGUGGAACUACAAGUCCCAGCAAUACUUAUCAGCCAGCAUUGGGAAUGAAUGGAAGAAUGCGACAGAGAGAAGGCAAACUAAAACGUUCAUGUUUAAACACCUUUAAGAAGAUCACAUUUUUAACAGAUAUGACUAGAUACUCUAACUCAGAAGACUGUAUCACUCAUGAUAAGCUUAGAUACACCAUCUGUGCAAACAGUUAUCACAGUAUCAGUGUCACUCAUCAUGGACAUAGAUACAACAGUUUAGUACAACACAUGACAGAUUUAGAUACAUUGCUUCUGCGCAAUUGGUAGACCUAGAUACACUGAAUGAGCAGGCAGUCACACACGAUUAACAUACUUGGUUUAGCAAACGGCAUCAUACACGAUAGGCUUAGAUACACCGACCUAGUAGACAAUUUCACACAUAAUGGACAUAAAUACAAGGGCUCAACACACAGUAUCACCCAUGAGGAUGCUAAGCAUACAGUAUUACCUAUGAUACUGUACAAUGUCCUUAGAAAUGAGUGUAUCAUGUCUGUAUUUUCUUCCAUUUCAUAUUCUAAAGGAGCAAAGAAUGUAACGGAGUCCUCCUUUUCCUGCUUUUUUCAGGCCAGUGUUCAAUAUUCAGUCACUUUAUGUCAUUUUUCUGACAAAAUAUUUAUAACAGAACAACCUCUGACCACAGAACGUCCACCGAUCAGAAGCCGUAUCAGUAUUUCUCAGUCAUAAUGAUCUAUUCACAUUGAAGAAUAUGAUCUGCUGUCUCAUCUGUUAUUGUGAGACACCUCAUGUCGCCUUCUCUGCGGAACGCCAAAAACAAAGCAAAAAAAUCCUACUUCUCAGGCGAUCUGCCAUGUUGUUAUUUGUAAGGUUUAUACACCAAUGGUGGCUUUUGUAGCCUUUCCUACAACAAGCUUUAUUCAGUGUGAAAAAUAUCAGUGCAUUUAUUUUUCUAAGAAAAACAUACCGUAUAUAUAUAUAUAUAUAUAUAUAUAUAUAUAUAUACACACACAUAAAGAAAAAAUACUGUAGAAAAAAUGUGAAAAUAGACAUUAAUUUAAUUUUAUAACAAAUAUUAUUAUAUUCAUAUCUAGUAAAGGUCGUAUAAUCUUCCAAAAGCUACAGAAAUGUUAUAUAAAUGUGCUCCAUUGUAUAACAUGUAUCAAUCAAUCAUGACAUACAGCACAUCUGUUACCUAGGAUACUGCAAGACUGUAUUUCACUUAUAUAAGGAGGACCUUGUAUUUCACUUAUAUAAGGAGGACCUUGUAUUUCACUUAUAUAAGGAGGACCUUGUAUUUCCCUUAUAUAAGGAGGACCUUGUAUUUCACUUAUAUAAGGAGGACCUUGUAUUUCACUUAUAUAAGGAGGACCUUGUAUUUCACUUAUAUAAGGAGGACCUUGUAUUUCACUUAUAUAAGGAGGACCUUGUAUUUCACUUAUAUAAGGAGGACCUUGUAUUUCACUUAUAUAAGGAGGACCUUGUAUUUCACUUAUAUAAGGAGGACCUUGUAUUUCACUUAUAUAAGGAGGACCUUGUAUUUCACUUAUAUAAGGAGGACCUUGUAUUUCACUUAUAUAAGGAGGACCUUGUAUUUCACUUAUAUAAGGAGGACCUUGUAUUUCACUUAUAUAAGGAGGACCUUGUAUUUCACUUAUAUAAGGAGGACCUUGUAUUUCACUUAUAUAAGGAGGACUUGGAUUUCACUUAUAUAAGGAGGAUCUUGUAUUUCACUUAUAUAAGGAGGACCUUACAGGCCCCUUUACUUAGAUGUGCUCUAAUAAUGAUAUUCUGGGGGCACUCUUUAACUUCCAGUCAUUUGGCUGCAAACUAUCAUGCCCCUUCCAUGUGUCACAUGAUAACACAGCCUUGAUUUACUAUAAACUGGAUUCUUCCCAUGUCUAAAGAGACAGGGAGCACUUAUUUUUUUCCGAGGGGCCUUUUGGGGGGCUUCAGUUUGAAGUGUACACUAUCAAGAUGCCUUAAUCUAAAGGGAAACUGCGCUGGUGACAUGUCUCUCUUAAAUUGUUAAUACACAGAUAUCAACAUACAUCUAUAACCAGUAUUUAUAGUAAAUGUCAUAUUUUCUUCUUUGUUCUACUAGAGAAUGUGCAUUGUUGUUAUUGCUGUUAAAUCCUCUUCUAUGUAACUACCCUCAGAAAGCUGCUCACUGGUGUCCGGUAUGUAAAAAUCCCCCUAGUGCCUGUUUUGUGGCGCCUCUAGCUGAUCACAUGACAUGAGAGGAUUACAUAUUGAUUGUUUGUACCAGUCUUAGAUGAAUAAUAUAUAUUUUAUUAUUGCUGCUGUUUGAGCUUUAUUUUGUUCAGUUUUAAAUCUUUAUCUUUCAAUACAUUUCUGUGAAAUUUAGCGAUGACGCACUUAAAUUCUGCCUUAAUUCAAUUGAAAAAUGUACAAAUUAUUGGUAGACGGUUUGCUGUUGGAUGACGGCUGCUUAGCGGUAGGUCCUUCCCUCUGACGCUGAAGAGGGUAACACAUUUUGCAUUCCUUAAAAAUAUGGAUAGAAUGAAUUUAAAUAAAAGGUAGGAAGGUUGAGAGGGCACAGAGUUAGGGUGGGUAUAAAAUGACUAUCAUUUCUGGGCACUACUUUAUUAUCUUAAAGGUGUAAGAUCAUUAGUGAGUGCUCUGAGAUAAUAAGCCUGUGCCCAGGGAAGGAUAUCAGAUAGAUAAUGGCCCAGAUUUAUCAAACUGUGUGAGAGAAAAAGUGGAGAGAGUUUCCCACAGCGACCAAUCACCGCUCAGCUAACAAGCUCUGGUAAAGUGAAAGCUGAGCUGUGAUUGGUCGCUGUGGGAAAAUCACUCCACUUUUUCUCUCACACUUUCAUAAAUCUGGGCCAAUGUGGCUCUGCUCUGAGGUACUUUGUCAGGCUCUGACAUAAUAAGCUAAUAACCAAGGUAAUACAACAGAGCCAUGAGGUAAUAAGUCAGUUCUGUAAAGAGGUUGGGAAAAGUGCUGAAAUAACAAGGCAAAGCAUUGGAAUAAUAGCUCAGAUUUUAUUUUAAUAUUUUUAACUCCAAAAAUACUAUUGUAUUCUCAACUUGCAUGUCCAUAUGUUUAGAAUAUGGCCAUGAACCAUUUCUUAAUGUGAGUGGUAAAUUGUAAGCUGUUCCCUCUCUGCUGUACCAGGCUUUGCAGUUGCCAAGGUUGUGCCCAUAGAGGUUCCACAAGGUAAUAGAAUCUAUAUUUUGCUGCCAACAUGACCAACCUGCCUCUGACCAAGCUGUUUAUGUACUCCUUCUUGAAUGUAUGUAAAUAACAUGUACAUAGAAAUCUCCAUAUAGUGAAAGUCUUGUAAUAAUGCAUCAGAAAUUUAUGUAAAUUAAAUGAAAAUCAAAAUAUCUCUAUGAUAACAUGUAUAUAAAUAAUACAGUAUUUUCUCAUAUGUUCUAUAUAAAGUAUAUUUACUUUGACAAUAAACUUUAAAAAAUA